AUGAGCGAGAAGGCGUUGAGAGGAUGCUUCUACCGGGACUGCACGCUGUACGUUGGGGAGUAUAUCCUACAGGAGGAACCCAGCCAUGGUGAAGCGCUCGCGGGGAGCGGGGCCGCUUUGGAUGAAGGAAAGCAUGGGCGCAAGAAGGGGAGCAAAAAGGGGGACACAAAGGGGGAGCAAAAAGGGGGCACAAAAGGGGAUAAAAAUGGAAACCCACAUGGAGGUACCAGUGGAAACCCACAUGGGGACCCCCCCGACGGCCCGGAAAAAGAGGCACCCCCUGACGGCAACUCGGGACAGGAAGGGCCCCCAGGGAGAGGCGUCCUUUUCCAUGGCCAGGGAAAGUACAUCAGGGCGAACGAAAUGUUUGCAGGCCAGUUUCUAAAUGGAAAUUACAGAAAAGGCAUAUGGAUCAGGUACAAAAAUAUCCACAACUUAUUUUACUAUAUGAAUAUUUACCAUGCACUGUCUGGGGAUAAGGACCCCACAAAAAAGGGGUCAACACAAAACUUAAAAAAUUUUUUAUACGUCCCCCUGAAGGAGGUUAAUAUAUACAUAGGAGAGUUUGACGAUAACAUGUUUAAUGGGUUUGGCGCAUACUACUUUUAUCCGUUUUUGUACGUGGGGUACUUCAUAAAUAACUCCAUGGAUGGUUACGGCUAUAUGUUUUGCGGCAACUCCGUUGGGGAAAAUUCUUUGGGAGGCGCAAAGGGGGAAGACAAUACAAGCGGAAAUGCUAACAACCUGUUCGACUUCUUAUUUGUGGGGGGUGAAAAGGGGGGGAUUGCGAACAGGUCUGCUGAAAAACGAAAGGGAGAAAAGGACGCCAAGGUGGCUGUGCAGAGUGGGAAGACAGCCGGGGAAGAGACCCCCAGCGCGGGGGGGCUCCUCCUUAGGGUGUAUGAAAAGCUGGAGAGGAUGAUGAAGGGGGGAGGAGCUGUCCUGGGGGGAGAACCGCAGAUGGUAGGGGAACCCCCCCUGUGUGAGCAACCUGGGCGCGCGCCCCCCCCGGGCAACCUCGUGGAGAAACUCCAAAGAGACCUUUUCAAAAACUUCAAACUGCAGACGCGCAGAAAAAACCAAGUGAAAAAAAUAAAAAAGUUCCUUCACCAAAAUGAGAGGCAAAACUUUUUUGACAUCUUCAAACUUAUAUCAUAUGAGCACCUACUCUACCAGGGAUACUUCCACAAGAACAAUUUUGUGUCCACCUCGGAUGAGCAGAUCCUGCACAGGAGUUUGUUCCUCCAGGUGUACGUCCAAAUGGUCACCGAAAAGGUUAACUCGUUUCGAAGAGACUUGGCUGAGGGGGUGGAGCCCCAAGACUUGUACAUAAACGGGGACAACGUUUUGUACGUGCUGGAAAGGAAGAAGAAGGCUCCAGAGGGGGACAACACACAGGGGGGUGUCACUGCCAAUGCGGGCACACGAAAUGACGCCGCAAACGAGCGCAGCGAUGUACGCGAGGAACCCAAGGAGAGCAGCUCGCGCGAGGAGGCGCGGAAUACCAGUGUGUGCAGCCCCGAAGUGCGUGAAGGAAUUCCCCCGGGCGGUAGCAACCCUAACGCAAGUUUCUCAAAUGAGCACUACAGAGACAUCAUAGAUUUGAGCCUCCUCAAACGAAUGUUCGAGGCCACGGCGGACGACAACGUGGAGUGCGCUGUAGAGGUAGUCACGGGUAUGAAGCUCCUAAAAUAUAAAAAUACCCUCGCAGGAUUAAAAACAGACAGGGAGGAAAACCACCUAGAUAAAGCCACACUCAAUUUAAACGGGCAUCACCAACUGGCCGUCGUCAACAUCAAGUGUAGGGAGGACACCUCCUUCAGCUUAAAUACAAACCAGUGUAACAUCCAAAGCAUUCACAAAAUAAAAAUGUUUUUAAUUUCCUCCACCCAGUCGUCCAUAAUUAAAUACAACAAGUUUUUCCUUUACUACAUUUAUGUGUACGUUAAAAAUUCUGAUAGGAAGGCUAAAGGGAAGGUGAGGAAGAAGAAGGGUUAG